AUGACCUUCUGGCAUGCCCACACCGGCCUGCUUGGCAGACCAUCUGGCUUGCCCGCCUUCCCGCACCUGCUUGGCAGACCUUCUGGCCCGCCUGCCUGCCUGCACAGGGACUGCUUGGCAGACCUUUUUGGCCCACCCGCCUGCCUGCACCAGGCCUGCUUGGCAGACCUUCUGGCCCGCUUGCCUGCCUACACCAGGCCUGCUUGGCAAACCAUCUGGGCCGCCCGCCUACCUAUACCGGGAUUCUGCUUGGCAGACCUCCUGGCCCGCCUGCCUGCUCGCAGUACCAGGCCUGCUUCGGCAGACCUUCCGGCCCGCCUGCCUGCCCGCAUACCAGGCCGGCUUGGCCGACCUUUCGGCCUGCCCGCCUGCCCGCAGUACCAGGCUGGCUUGGCAGGACCUUUCGGCCCGCCCACCUGCCCGCAGUACCAGGCCAGCUUGUACCAGGCCGGCUUGGCAGACCUUCUGGCCCGCCACCUGAUCGCAGUAACCAGGCCGGCUUGGCAGACCUUCCGGCCCGCCCCGCCUGCCCUCCAGUACCAGGCCGGUCAUUGGCAGACCUUCCGGCCCACCUCCCGCCUGCCCGCAUCACCAGGCCGGCUUGGCAGACCUUACGGCCUGCCCGCCUGCCCGCAGUACCAGGCCGGCUUGUACCAGGCUGGGUUGGCAAACCUUUCGGCCCGCCCGCCUCCCGCCCCGCAUACCAGGCUGGCUUGGCAGACCUUUCGGCCCGCCUGCCUGCCCGCAGUACCAGGCUGGCUUGGAGACCUUUCGGCCGCCCGCCUGCCCGCAGUACCGGGCCUGCUUCGGCAGACCUUCCGGCCCGCCUGCCUGCCCGCAGUACCAGGCCGGCUUGGCAGACCUUUCGGCCCGCCCGCCUGCCCGCAGUACCGGGCCUGCUUCGGCAGACCUUCCGGCCCCACCUGCCUGCCCGCAGAACCAGGCCUGCUUCGGCAGACCUUCCCAGCCCGCCGCCUAGCCCGCCAGUACCAGGCCAGCUUUGGCAGACCUUUCGGCCCGGAAGCCCACCUGCCCGCAGUACCAGGCUGGCUUGGAAGACCUUUCGGCCCCGCCCCCUGCCUGCCCGCAGUUUACCAGGCCGGCUUGGCAGACCUUUCGGCCCGCCCGCCUGCCCGCAGUACAGGCUGGCUUGGCAGACCUUUCGGCCGCCGCCUGCCCGCAGUACCGGGCCGUCUUCGGCAGACCUUUCCGGGCCCGCCCGCCUGCCCGCAGUACCAGGCCGGGGCUUGCAUCCUUUCGGGCCCGCCUGCCUGCCUGCAGUACCAGGCCGGCUCGGCAGACCUUUCGGCCCGCCCGCCUGCCCGCAAGUACCAGGCUGGCUUGGCUGACCUUUCGGCCCCCGCCCGCCUGCCCACAGUACCGGGCCUGCUUCGGCAGACCUUCCCUCCCCCCGCCUGCCUGCCGCAGUACCAGGCCGGCUUGGCAGACCUUUCGGCCCGCCCUCCUGCCCCGCAGUACCAGGCCUGCUUCGGCAGACCUUCCGGCCCGCCCGCCCACCUGCCCUCAGUACCAGGCGUACCAGGCCGGCUUGGCAGACCUUCCGGCCCGCCCGCCUGCCCGCAGUACCAGGCCUUCUUCGGCAGACCUUUUGGCCGCCCGCCUUGCCCGCAGUACCAAGGCCGCUUGCAGACCUUUCGUUCCCGCCCGCCUGCCCGCAGUAGUACCCAGGCCUGCUUCGGCAGAACUUUCCGGGCCCGCUCGCCUUCCCGCAGUAACCCAGGCCGGCUGGCAGACCUUUCGGGCCCGCCCGCCUGCCCGCAGUACCAGGCCUGGCUUGGCCAGACCUUUCGGCCCGCCCGCCUGGCCCGCAGUACCAAGGCUGGCUUGGCAGACCUUCCCGGAGCCUGUCAUGCCCCGCAGUACCAGGGCCGGCUUGGCAGACCUUUCAGCACGCCCGCCCGGCCCGCAGUACCGGGCCUGCUUCGGCAGACCUUUCCGGGCCCCACCUGCCUGCCCGCAGUAUCCAGGCCUGCUUCUGCAGACCUUCCAGCCCGCCCGCCUGCCCGCAGUACCCAGGCCAGCUUGGCAGACCUUUCGGACCGCCCGCCCUGCCCGCAGUACCAGUGGCUGGCGACCUUCGGCCCGCCCUGCCUCUCCCGCAGUUACCAGGCCGGCUUGGCAGGACUUUUCAGCCCGCCCCUUGCCCGCAGUACCAGGCUGCUUGGCAGACCUUCGGCCCUACCGCCCUGCCCGCAAGUACCGGGCCUCUGCUUCGGCAGACCUUCCGGCCACCCCCUGCCCGCCGAGUACCAGGGCUGGCUUGGCAGAACUUUCGGCCCGCCCGCCUUGCCCGCAGAGUUACCGGGCCUGCUCCGGCAGACCUUCCGCCCCGCCCAGCCUGCCCGCCCCGUACCAGGCCGGCUGGCAGACCUUUCGGCCCGCCUGCCUGCCUGCAGUACCAGGCCGGCUUGGCAGACCUUUCGGCCCGCCCGCCUGCCCGCAGUACCAGGCUGGCUUGGCAGACCUUUGCGGACGCCCGCCUGCCCACAGUACCGGGCCUGCUUCGGCAGACCUUCCCUCCCGCCUGCCUGCCCGCAGUACCAGGCCGGCUUGGCAGACCUUUCGGCCCGCCCCUCCUGCCCGCAGUACCAGGCCUGCUUCGGCAGACCUUACCGGCCAGCCCACCUGCCCUCAGUAACCAGGCCGUACCAGGCCGGCUUGGCAGACCUUUCGUCACGCCCCCUGCCCGCAGUACCAGGCCUGCUUCGGCAGACUUCCGGACCCCGCUCGCCUUCCGCAGUACCAGGGCCGGCUUGCCAGACCUUUCACGCCCGCCCUGCCCGCCCCCAGUACCAGGCUGGCUUGGCAGACCGUUUCGGCCCGCCCGCCUGCCCCCGCCAGUACCAGGCUGGCUUGGCAAAGACCUUCCGGCCCGCCUGCCUGCCCGCAGUACCAGGCCGGCUUGGCAGACCUUUCAGCCCGCCCGCCUGCCCGCAGUACCGGGCCUGCUUCGGCAGACCUUCGGGCCCACCUGCCUGCCCGCAGUACCAGGCCUGCUUCGGCAGACCUUCCAGCCCGCCCGCCUGCCCGCAGUACCAGGCCAGCUUGGGCAGACCUUUCGGCCCGCCGCCUGCCCACGCAGUACCAGGCUGGCUUGGCAGACCCUUUCGGCCCGCCUGCCUGCCCGCAGUACCCAGGCCGGCUUGGCAGACUUUUCGGCCCCGCCCGCCUGCCCCGCAGUACCAGGCUGGUUUAGGCAGCCUUUCUGCCCGCCCUCCUGCCCGCAGUACCGGGCCUGCUUCGGCAGACCUUCCGGCCCACCCGCCUGCCCGCAGUACCAGGCCGGCUUGGCAUACCUUUCGGCCCGCCUGCCUGCCUGCAGUACCAGGCUGGCUUGGCAGACCUUUCGGCCCGCCCGCCUGCCCGCAGUACCAGGCUGGCUUGGCAGACCUUUCGGCCCGCCCCCCUGCCCAUAGUACUGGGCCUGCUUCGGCAGACCUUCCGGCCCGCCUGCCUGCCCGCAGUACCAGGCCGGCUUGGCAGACCUUUCGGCCCGCCCGCCUGCCCGCAGUACCAGGCCUGCUUCGGCAGACCUUCCGGCCCGCCCACCUGCCCUCAGUACCAGGCCGGUUAGGCAGACUUUUCGGCCUGCCCGCAGUACCGGGCCUGCUUCGGCAGACCUUCUGA